AAAUUUGCAUACUUUGCAUUCUCUUACCAUCUGUACAAAUACCUCGAAAUAAUCGCUCUUAUGAUAACUCAGAAAAUCUCUUUCGGAACGGUCCUGAUUCAAAAUUCAUUUCAAACUUAUUUGUGGUUAUUGCAGGUAACAGAUUUUAUCUUGAUACAUGAGACACGCGGCCAACCAGACGGCCUUAUCGUGUGUCAUUUACCGUUUGGUCCAACCGCAUAUUUCAAUCUUUCAAAUGUGGUGAUGAGGCAUGAUGUGCCCGAUCGUAAAACUAUCUCAAUGGUGUACCCGCAUCUCAUCUUCAAUAAUCUCAACUCCCGUCUUGGAUUGCGGGUUACGUCGAUUUUGAAGUAUCUCUUUCCUGUACCCAAACCAGAGAGUCGCCGUAUUAUGACGUUCAGCAAUGAUGAUGAUUUUAUUAGUUUUCGACAUCACGAAUAUUCGAAGAAUGAACAUGGUGAAAUUGAGUUGGAGGAAGUCGGACCGAGAUUUGAAAUGCGACCGUAUUGCAUAAAACUGGGGACACUGGAGAACAUUGAGGCUGCCGAAACUGAGUGGGUGCUGAAGCCAUAUAUGAAUACGGCAAGUAAAAGACAACUGUUAUCGGUUCAUGAUGAGGAUAGUGAAUGA